AUGUAUAGUCAUGUUGUGGUGAAUGCAACAAGGGCAGCAAAUGAUUUGGCGACAGGCUUGGAACAGCUUGAGCGUGACCUUGAAGUUGAAACUAAUAACUUGAUGCCUUCACGACUCUGGGCGAUUCUCUUUCACGGCCUUGAGCUCAGGUUCUAUGAGUAUCACCGAGAUCUUCCUGCAGGCCACCGGCUUAUUCCAAUGAGUCCGCCUUCUGAGCCGGGCCAACACACCUUGAAAAUGCGCGAUGAUGAGGAGGAAAUUCAGGGGAUGAUGACAUAUUUGGUGUUGAACGAGCCCACCGCAAUCUGA